UCUUUUUGAAAAGCAGGGCCGAAUACCAUGCAGCUUCGUUCGCUCUGUGUGCAAGUUCGUGGAGGGUUUCACGUCGCAUCAAACCUUUUCAGGACCCACCAAAACGCGUCUAUUACCGCGACUUGCGGGCUCAAAAAUGAAAAGUUCCCAGUUUCACGUCUGUAUUCUUCCGUUCAAAAUAGCACGGUUGCACAAUCAAAAUCAUUGGAUGGUGGAGGUAGCGGAAACGCGUACUCCAUGUGCAGGCGCGACUUCUUCGGUUAUUUUAUGGUUUGCUUGGGUGAGAAUCGCGAGCUGUUUACUCCUCGCGCAUUGGCGUGUUCUACUGUACCAGGCAAAUUCACUGUCUUUGUUGAUCGCAUAAAUCUUUUCAGUUUAUGCUAUCCUAUGGAGUGGGAAAUAUUAAACAAAGCAGGCGCCAAACUAUUUCUACGUGACAGCGCUGAUAACAACUCUCAGGUUGGUGUCACUGUAAAUCCAGUGAAAAUCUCCACACUCUCAGAGUUUGGCUCUGUCCACGAUGUAGGGGAGCGCCUGGUCGCAGCCGAGGCUACCAAGGAGAGCACGCUGCCAGGAGGCGUUACUCUCAUACGUGAGGGGUCGCGUCAAGGGCCUAGAAGUGGUUCCACGUUCUAUGACUAUGAAUAUCAACUCACUACCACCCGUGGUAAAAAGCUCGUCUUCAACACGGUCGCUGUUGAUAAUAACCUCCUUUACAUCUUGAACAUUCAAGUGAAAGAGAGGAUUUUUUCGGGACAAGAAAAUGACAAGAGUAUGAUUGAUGACGUGGUUGCAGGAUUCAGGACUUUGAUUCAAACAUUUGACGUAGGCCAGUCUACGAUUGAUGUUAGUUCACAGGUUGAAUGA